CGUCACGGCGUCACCGCUCGCUGGACGCUUAGCAAUUGRUUGUAAUAAUUGUCAUUGUAUGAGUUUAGAACUGUCUCUACUCUCUAACGAUUUUUGACUUUUGUUGACGAUUCGAUCAUUUUUACAUUGUUUUCUUAGUAGAUGACUGGUUGUUAACAAUUUUUAUUCGUGAAUAUAGUUAUUAAAUACUAUAACUUACAAAAUGGCCGUCAGACGUACAGGACUACUUACCGAAGAUUUAUCGCACGUCGAGUUUGAAACCAGUGAAGAUGUCGAAGUACUGACGACGUUCGAUAAUAUGAAACUUCGGGAAGACUUGGUUCGUGGGAUAUACUCGUACGGUUUUGAACGCCCAUCAGCUAUCCAACAAAGAGCCAUCAAGCCAAUGAUCAAAGGACGCGAUGUCAUUGCCCAGGCUCAAUCAGGAACUGGUAAAACGGCUACAUUUUCUAUCGCAAUGUUACAAUCUAUAGACACUCAGUUAAGAGAUACACAAGUGUUAUGUUUGUCGCCAACUCGAGAACUUGCUGUACAAAUCCAAAAGUGUAAAACUCCUGCUGUAAUCCAAGCUAAGCGACCAAAUUUACUAAUUGGCCGUUCUGGAAGAUUUGGGCGCAAAGGUGUUGCAAUAAAUUUUGUUAAAAGCGAUGACAUAAGAAUCUUACGUGAUAUUGAACAAUAUUACUCCACACAAAUUGAUGAAAUGCCCAUGAAUGUUGCUGAUUUGAUAUGAAGACAUCG